AUGCAAGGGCAUUUGAAAAUCCGAUCCUAUCACAGUGCAGACUACAAAGAAUGCAGAGAGAUAUAUUCUCAAGGGAUGCAGCAAUUUAUCUGCGACAUCACCCAUUUCAUCUUUUCAAAUCUCUUGUGGUACAUUGCCAUGGUGACCAUUUGUGCUGUUAUGGCCUCUUUAAAGUGGUUUUUCUGGAUUUUGUUCGCAAGUUUGUUGCUGUGUCUUGUUUUGUGGUUUCUUUUGUAUGUCUUGGUCUACCUUAAAUGCAGGAAGUUCAUCAACCAUUCCCUAAAAACAGACUUGAUGGACAUUGACAAGAUUUAUAUGGCCAACAAAGGCUGUCACAUGUGGGUUGCUGAAUGGAAUGGUAAAGUUGUUGGAAUGGUGGGACUAGUUCAGAAUGAAAACCUCAAAGCUGGAACAUCAGAGCUUCAGCGGAUGUAUGUCUCCAGAACUUGUCAGAAAAUGGGAGUCGGAAGUAAAUUGCUUGAAGAACUUCUCAAAUAUUCCAAGGAGGAGGGUCUCGAGAAAAUUGUUUUGACAACUUCAAGUACACAAGGACCUGCCAUUAGACUCUAUAGGAAGUUUGGUUUCAAGCUCAUAAAAGGGAAAACUAUCACUCCCAACUUCAUCUUUAAAGAUCCGCUAACAGUGAUGUCUUUUGAACUUGUACUCUGA